UAUUCGAGGGGUUACCCAGAAGGUGUUUCUUGGCAGAAAAGCUGUACGCUUUUCCUCCUCCUCCUCCUGAUAAAUAUUCUGUAUUGCCUUCGGCAUUGGUCCCAUUCCUCCAGUUUUGUUGGAGAGGAGGCCCGAUUUGCGCCGGCUUCCAGAGAUUUAUAGAAGCAGAACGUGUCCGAGGUUCGGACAGGAUCAAAUUCGGAUCGGAUCGAGUCGAAUCUGUUCUUGCAUCGUAUCCGGGUUUUUUGUUUCUUCUCCGGGUAUCUCCGGAUCGGAAAUUGGAGAAUAAUCAGAAACAGAUGGGAGGGAUCGACACAAACAGCAAUGAUACAUUGAUCAUUGCACGGACUGGUCUCCCGGCAGCACCUCCAUUACCUGGUCCGACCCUGACCAAAUGUGCCAGGAAGAGGCUGCAAACGGAGGGAGUGCCUCAAAGAGGCAAUUGCUGCAUCUCGACAACAGCGAUCGAUCUAUGGGAGCGACUUUUUGAUGAAGGCCAUAAAGCAGAUGUCCAAAUUCACACUGACGAUGGUGGUGUCGUCUAUGCACAUGCUUGUAUAAUUAGCAUGGCUUCUCCAGUAAUGAAAGGCAUGCUAAAGAAAUCUAAAGGAAAGGGUCGUUAUCAAAUAUUAUCGGUCGGUGGAGUUCCUCAUGAUGCCAUUCGUGUUUUUGUUCGAUUCUUGUACUCAUCCUGUUAUGAAAACCAAGACAUGGCUGACUUGGUUGUGCCUUUACUGGUGCUUUCACACUCGUUCGUGGUUCCUCAGCUCAAGCAGAUCUGUGAGCAGCAACUCGAGCAGGGUCUACUUAACAUGGAGAACGUCAUUGACAUUUUUCAGCUUGCGUUGCUCUGUGAUGCUCCUCGUCUUAGCUUCAUCUGUCACCGCAUGAUUGUGAAGAACUUCAAGGAUGUGUCAGAGACCGAAGGAUGGGCUGCGAUGAAGCAGAGUCACCCCUUCCUAGAAAAAGAGCUACUAGAGUGCGUCGCUCACGAAGAAAACCAAACAAAGGAGAGGAUCAGAAGGAAGAAUGAGAGGAAGAUCUAUUUGCAACUAUAUGAAGCGAUGGAAGCUCUAGUUCAUAUUUGUAGAGACGGGUGUCGAACGAUUGGGCCCCAUGACAAAGUCUUCAAGAAGGACCAGCCGCCGUGCAGCUUCGAGGCUUGCAAGGGCCUAGAAUUGCUUAUCCGCCAUUUUGCGGGCUGCAAGUUACGGGUUCCGGGUGGUUGCAUCCACUGCAAGCGAAUGUGGCAGCUGUUGGAGCUGCACUCCCGUCUCUGCUCCGAUUCAGACGUUUGCCGAGUCCCUUUGUGCAGGAACUUCAAGGACAGGAUCAACCAACAGAACAAGAAGGACAAGACCAAGUGGGGAAUACUUGCGAGAAAGAUCUUGAGGACGAAGACCAUCGGGGUAGCGCCGUUUUUUACAUCGGUAUAUGGGAGUUAAUUUGGAGAGCAAAUCCCGGUUUCUGUGGGAUGUCAAUCCAAGUGUAAUAUGUAAUGUUUAUAUGCAAUGAGAAGCCAGCACCAAAUCUGGUGGUUUUGGAUGCCUCUUGAUCGACAGAGUCAGAAGGAAAGAAAAAUAGAUUGCAUUCUCUUAUACGUCUUGACCUUUUAUGAAUCUUGCAAGCCGGACUUGAACAAAUGAAUAAUCUGUCGACACUU